AUGCAGAGCGGCUACAUAGGAGGAGAUGUCUUAUACGAGCUUCUGAGCGUACAUCCGGACUGGGAGCAAAGCAUCACUUGUCUCGUGCGCAACCCAGCUCAUGAAGCACAAUUCAGAGCAAGAUAUCCAAGACUGAGGCUAUUAUUUGCUACAUUUGACCAAACGGCUCUUAUUGAGGAGGAAAUAGCAAAAAAUGAGCUGGUCGUUCAUUUUGCGAUAAGUGCUGACAAUGUUCCAUCCGCCACAGCUAUUGUGAACGGACUGCGGAAGAGGGGCGGAGGAGUGUACAUUCAUACAAGCGGCACUGAUAUCCUGCUGGAUCCGGGACAUGAAAUCCAGAGUACUCCAGAUCGAAUACAUAUUUUCGAUGAUUGGGAGGGGAUCUCUGAGCUUACUUCCCUACCAGAUGAGGCCAUACAUCGCAAUAUCGACAAGAUUGUCUUGGCAGCCGGCUCUCAGACACUGAAGACUGCGAUUGUUUGUCCUUCAACUGUGUUCGGAGCCGGAAGGGGCCCUGUCUUGCGGAAGACCGAACAGAUGUAUAACCUUACCCGGCUUAUCCUCGCAAGGGGAAAGGGACUCCAGUUAAGUGACGGGAAAUCUUUCUGGAACUGUGUUCACGUCCACGACCUGUCUCGUCUAUAUGUUCGCCUGAUUGAUGAAGCCGUAUUCGGAGGGGCCAAAGCUUCAUGGAACUCCGAGGGCUAUUAUCUUGUGGAAAGCGGUGAAUACUUCUGGGGGGAUAUCUGUCGCAGAAUUACGAAAGAGGCAUAUAAGCUAGGACUCCUAGCAUCGGAAGAGAUGAUGGUGGUUGAUAUGAAGGAUAGGGAGGUCAUGGCACCUGCUGGCCGUGCUGUAGCGAACUACAGGGUCAAAGCCAGAGCGGUGCGGGCUAGAAAGCUUCUCCACUGGACACCCACGCAAUCAAAACUCCUGGAUGAGAUCCCAGAAAUUGUGAAAGAAGAGGCGCGUGCGCACGGUCUGUCUUGA